AUGGCAGACACAGAGCAGAUUGAAGCGCCCGACUACGUUACGCUUGUCAGCAAUGAUGGCUUCGAGUUCGUAGUCCAAAGAAAGUCGGCCUGUCUCUCUGGCGCCAUCAAGAGGAUGCUCGACCCAAACAGUGCGUUUUCACGCUCUAUUGCUCUUCUCUAUUCUGUGCUAACGAUCCUCGCAGACGGGUUUGCAGAGUCCAAAACUCACAAGUGCACAUUUGAGAACAUAAACGGCAUGGUCUUGGAAAAGGUCUGCGAGUACUUCUACUAUAACGAGAAGAACCGCGACUCUACCGGUGUCGCUGACCUCGACAUCCCGCCUGAGCUCUGUCUAGAGUUGCUCAUGGCGGCCGACUACCUGAAUGGUGUGUACUCCUGA